GGAAGCGUUGCUAGGCGGCGGCGGCGGCGCAGGCGCAGGCGCGCGGGCCGCGAGGGCGGCCUAGGCCUGGGCAUGGAUGAAGAGGAGACGAGGGACUACAAUGAGCCGUGCACACAAUGUGCCGCCGUUACGUGGGGCAUUACAGAGGAAGGUAAAUAUUACUGUAAAUCCUGCCUUAAUGUUAUAGAGAAGUCCAAGGAACUUGUUACUUCUGAGACCUUUACUCCUAAAACCAAGAUUCAGGCCAUCUCCAGAGGGAUUAGAAAAAAAAGAAAAUUUGAAAAAGGCUGGGAGUGGUACAUCUGUGAAGGUUUUCAGUACAUCCUCCUUCAGCAAGCAGAAGCUCUACUUGCCCUGGGCGUAUGUCCAGAAUUGAAGGAUGAUGUCUUAUACAACUUUUGGAGACGCUACCUUCAAAAGAGCAACCAGGCUUAUUGCAAGGACUCAAAAAGGGCCAAUAUGCGGAAUAGUAUAGCAUCUGACAGUGAAGCGUUCUCAGACUGGGACAGCGAAGCCGAUCUGUUUAGUGAACCUUCUGUUCUUUCCUCCAAAAGUGAAGCGGAAGCCCCCCCUGAAGUCAGCAUCAGUCAGCUUCUUUCCAACGAGAAAGACAUGAUAGCAGAAACGGCAUCUAUCUGUUCUGGAUCGGUUGAUGGAGUUUAUUAUUCACGUCAGAAGAAAAAGGGAAUGGUGAAGAUGACUCUUCCAGUGACACUGGCUUUCUGCUAUAUGUCAUUACUUUGGCAGAGAGAAACAAUCACCCUCUCAGAUCUCUUAAGGCUUGUCGAAGAUGGUCAUAUUCCGUACAUGAACGCUUUCCUGAAUUUUCCAGAGGAGAUGAAAUUAUAUGGCUGUGACAUCAAGAUCUUUGUUAUAGAGUCUUGGCCUACUUAUGAAAGCAUCUAUUCAAGGAUGAUCAAACUUGCCACAUUUUUAGACUUGCCACGUUUUCCAGAUAUUACUGAAAACUCUUUUCUCCAUCCAAAUAUCCUGUGUAUGAAGUACCUGAUGGAAGCCAAUUUGCCUGAUGAACUGCAUGACUGGACCUGCCAAAUUGUAAAGAUUACCAAUAUAGGAGAUGUGAAUUUUUUGACGUUUGAUCCGAUAGCAAAAAUUGCAAAGACUGUGAAAUACGAUGUUCAGGCUGUAGCCAUAAUUGUAAUAGUGUUGAAAAUACUCUUUUUAUUGGAUGAUAAAUUUGAAUGGUCUCUAUCCAGGAUUGCUUCCAAAAGAAAUGAAGAGAACAAAACAGAUAAGCCUUGUUUCGAUUUCAGAAAGUGGUACAAUCUUAUGAAGAAAACGAUCGACGAGAAACAGAAAAAGAGAGAGGAAGCCAAGGCAAGGCACCUAUGGAAAAGUGAAAAGCCUUUGUAUUACUCAGCCAAGGAAAAAGCAACAGUUUACAAAAGGAAACAAAUGAUAAUGAACCUUCAAAAACAGUUUAGCACACUUGCCAAUUCAACGCCAAGGGCUGAAAAGAAUAGCCCUUCAAGCUUCCAGUUCAACUGGACAAAAGACAAUGCAGAGGUGCCCUGUUUUCAUGGGCAUAGCCUUGAAGUAGUCCUGAAAGAGAAAGACAAAUCGUUGGUAACUGUGAACUCGCUGUACUGGCUUAGUACCCAGAAAUUCUGUAGGAGCUUAUGUGAUCAUGUGACAGUCUAUGAAGACUCAAAUUUUUCCAGGAGCUACCAGUUUGUACUAAAUAUUUUCUCCUACUUGUUGAGGAUAAAAGCUUCCCUUCUCCAUGAAGAGGUGAGCUUGAUUGAACGGAGACUUUUUAAUAAAAAAUUUGAGAAACGAAGGACAACCCCUUAAAUCUGAGCAGGUGGGAAGAUCCUGAAGUGAUCAGCUACGUCACAUUUGAUCAUUAUCAUUGCCUACCUUCGUAUUUCAGAAGACUACCCUGCUCUGUUUCACCGUGCUGUUUGUGUAAAAUCGGCCUAAAGCAUUAAAGUCAAAAACUAGAUUAAUAAAAGGAUGCGGGAAAAUGAAACGUCAAUAGGAUAAAGCUGA